GCUCAUCGAAAACGUCGCGAUGUUGCGAGAAGCGUUUUUACUCUACCUCACCCUUACCAUUGCCGCAUCGGAUUCCCCCGACGGUGCUUCGUCACCCGAAACCUAUGUCACAAAGUACGACAACAUAAAUUUGGAGGAAAUUUUCGCGAGUGAACGACUGAUGAACAACUAUAUGAACUGCUUGAAAAAAGUCGGCCCCUGUACGCCCGAUGGUCAGCAGUUGCGAGCUAACCUUCCCGAUGCACUGAUGGACGAUUGUGCAAAGUGCUCCGAAAAGCAGCGCAUCGGUGCGGACAAGGUAAUCAAGUUUAUCGUCGCGAACCGGCCGGACGAUUUCGCGACGCUCGAGAGCCUUUACGAUCCUACCGGAGAGUACCGGCGGAAGUAUUUGGGCAUGGACGGUACGGACGGUACGGUGGCUGGGCUGGCUCAGCGUGAGUCUCAACCUACGCCGGGCACCACCGGUACCGAUGCUGACAUUGAAGCGAAGGCCCACGCAAUCGAGCAGAACUCAACCUCGUCUCAAGAUCAUGGCCACGGCGCGAAGGUCAGACGAAUGUGAGUGAAAACUGAGACGCCAAGUUAGACGACGAAACGUAACGCUUCCGAUAGAUCAUCAAAACCAACCAAGCUCACGCCAUUGCGCCUCUUUCCCCCCUCAUAUUUGCGUUUAAUUUACUGACGUAGCACGUCUGUGGCACGUUUCCUGUAACGUAUAAUU